GCUGAGUCUGAGAGAGAGAGAAAGAGAGAGAGAGGCUCGCGGACGCUGCAGACUAGCUCGCUCGCUCGCUCGGCCGGUCCCCUGCUGAGUGGAGGAGUGCAGAGAGAGAGAGAGACCCAGAGAGAGAGAAAAAGAGAGAGAGAGGUCCGCGCGCGGCCGCCAGGGGGAGACAGAGAGGCGGCGCUGGCUGCAGCUCGCGCUCGUGUGCCGAGGUGAACGAUAGGCAGCCGCGGCGCCAGCAGCAGAGCACGAGCAGCGAGCCAGAGAGAGGAUAGAGAGAGAGAGAGAGAGAGAGAGAGAGAGAGAGAGAGAGAAAGAGACGCUGUAUGCAGCCGCACGGAACGCUAUAGCCAUCCUUUAACCGAGAGCAGCUCGUUCGCGGAGGGCGGAAUUUAAACCAUGGACCCGAGAGGAGGUGCGGUGCUGCUGCUGGCGCUCCUCGCCGCUCUGCAGGUGGUGGUGCAGGGAAGUGGAGCCAUGCUGUGCCAGCCAGGCUUCACCCAGCAAGAGUACAGCGUGAUCGUCAGUGAUGUCAUCGCAGAGGGACAGGCUCUGCUCAAAGUGAGUUUCGUGGACUGCGGCCGAGGUUCUGGCCUGCACUUCGAAAUCGGAGACCCAGCGGAUUUCCGAAUAGCACAGGAUGGAACAGUGUACGCUGCACGAACUCUACACCUAUCGGAGAAGACUGGGCGGAGUCUUGACAUCAGGGUGAAAGAUGUAGAGUCAAAGGAGGCGUGGCACACGCGUGUCAACUUCUCCUUACCCAACACACCAAAACAGGUGCCCGAGAUCGUGUUUCCAUGGCGCAGCGUGGUUGUCGGGGGCGACGGCAGUGUGAGCCGUGUGAAGAGAGACUGGGUCAUCCCUCCUAUCAAUGUCCCCGAAAACUCAAGAGGACAGUUCCCUGAGGAGCUUGUCAAAAUCCGCUCAGACAGGGACAAGAGUAACACACUGCGCUACAGUGUGACGGGACCAGGAGCUGACCAGACCCCGACCGGCCUCUUCAUCAUCGACCCCAUCACCGGACAGCUGUCCGUCACCAAGCCGCUGGACCGAGAACAGAUCUCCAACUUCCAUCUGCGAGCUCAUGCCGUGGACAUUAACGGGAAUCAGAUGGAGAACCCCAUCGAUAUCGUCAUCAACGUGAUCGACAUGAACGACAACAGGCCGGAGUUUUCCCACCAGAUCUGGAACGGCACAGUGGACGAGGGCGCCAAGCCAGGGUCGGUGGUGAUGACGGUCACAUCACAGGACAAAGAUGACCCCAACACGGCCAACGGCAUGCUGAGGUACAAGAUCCUCUCUCAGAGUCCCGAGAGCCCGUCCACUAACAUGUUCACCAUCAACAACAAGACGGGCAAAAUCAUCACCGUAGCAGCGGGCCUCGACAGAGAGAAAGUGUCCCAGUACACCCUGAUCAUCCAGGCCACUGACAUGGAGGGCAACCCCACAUACGGCCUGUCCAACACUGCUACCGCCAUCAUACGCCUGUUGGACGUCAACGAUAACGCGCCAGAGUUCACCAGAGACACAUUCUACGGAGAGGUCCCCGAGAACCGUGUAAAUGAGAUCGUGGCUAAUCUGACAGUAACAGACAAAGACAAGCCCGGCACUCCAGCCUGGAACGCUGUGUACCGCAUUACGUCUGGAGACCCGACCGGACGCUUCUCCAUCCCUACUGACCCCACCACCAAUGAGGGCCUUGUCACUGUGGUUAAGCCUGUUGAUUAUGAGAUGAAUCGCUCGUACAUGUUGACCGUGGUGGCUGAGAACGAGAUUCCACUAGCCGGAGGGAUCCACCGCACCCGCCAAUCCACAGCCACAAUUUCCAUACGCAUCAUCGACGUGAACGAGAGUCCCAACUUUGACCCCAACCCCAAACAGGUCAAGCUGGACGAGGGGCUUCCCGCAGGGUCCAUGCUAACCACCUUCAUAGCUCACGACCCUGACAGACACAUGCAGCAGUCUAUCAGAUACUCAAAGCUGUUUGAUCCAGCCAACUGGCUGGAGAUUGAUCCCAACAAUGGGCGAAUCUCCACUAUCGCCCUCCUGGACCGCGAGUCCCCCUACGUCAGAAACAACCUCUACAAUGCUACCUUUAUGGCUUCUGACAACGGUGUUCCUCCAGCCAGUGGGACUGGCACUCUUCAGAUCUAUUUAUUGGACAUUAACGACAACGCCCCGCGAGUGUUUCCUCAGGAGACAGAGAUGUGCGAGCGCCCCGACCCCAACGCUAUCAACAUCACAGCAGUGGACGGAGACUUGAACCCCAACGCAGGGCCAUUCGCCUUCGAGCUGGCACACAGGCCUUCUGACAUCCGCCGCAACUGGACCCUCACUCGCAUUAAUGGUGAUUAUGUGCAGCUGAGUUUGAGAACUGGCUCUCUUCAGAGUGGAAUCUACGAGGUGCCCAUCAUCAUCACCGACUCAGGCAACCUGCCCAUGGCCAACACCUCCUACCUGCGGGUCAAAGUGUGCCAGUGCGAUCGUCACGGAGACUGUGUAGAUAUGGAGCGCAUCAUGGCCGCUGGCCUGGGCACCGGAGCCAUCAUCGCCAUCCUCAUCUGCAUCAUCAUUCUUCUGGUACUGGUGCUGAUGUUCGUGAUGUGGAUGAAGAGGAGAGAUAAGGAGAGGCAGGCCAAGCAGCUGCUGAUCGACCCGGAGGACGACGUCCGGGACAACAUUCUCAAAUACGAUGAGGAGGGCGGUGGAGAGGAGGACCAGGAUUAUGAUCUGAGUCAGCUGCAGCAGCCGGACACUCUGGAGCACGACCUGGUGAAGCCAGUGGGCAUCAGGCGGCUGGACGAGCGCCCGCUGCAUCCAGAGCCCAGCUACCCGCUCCGCUCCACAGCACCACACCCCGGAGACAUCGGAGACUUCAUCCAUGAGGGUCUGAAGGCAGCAGAUACAGACCCCACAGCUCCCCCGUACGACUCCCUGUUGGUGUUCGACUACGAGGGCAGCGGCUCCACGGCCGGCUCGCUCAGCUCCCUGCACUCCUCCAGCUCCGGGGGAGACCAGGACUAUGACUACCUCAACGACUGGGGACCACGCUUUCGCAAGCUGGCCGACAUGUACGGAGGAAACGACGACUAGCCAGCCCUAACCCCCCCGUCCCCCCUCAGCCCAGAGAUGUCCCAAGACCACUGGAGGAAGAGGUGCAACAAAAAAAAUCUAAAUAAAAUAUAUAUUAAAAAAAAGAAGAGUGGCACUUUUUUAUCAUGGGACAUGGACAGGGUGUAAAAUCAGAAGAAUGAAGAAAGCGAUGUUCCCCCAGGAGAGGAUGAGCGAGAGGAAGGAGGAUCACCAUGGCAACAAAACUGGCUCUUUCCCAGGUUUUCUGCUGGAGCGAAAAAGAGCCAGCUGAAGGAAUCUGGACUAGCUCUGGAUCUGACCAGUUAUUUUUUUUGCCUGAGUGAGGGACCCAUUGGUGCGAUAAUUGAAACAUUAAGAAAAAAAAAAAAAAACAAAA